GUGAGAUGCAGAUUUUUGAGGAGCUGUUCAGCUUUGCUUGUCCGAAGUUCCUGUCACCAGUGGUACCAAACUAUGAGUCAGUCCAUCCUAACUACCACAAAGAGCCAUUCCUGCAACAGCUGAAAGUGUUUAUGGAUGAGGUGCAGCAACAGUCUGUACUGUCCACUAUACGCAGUUUCUUAAAGCUGUAUACCACAAUGCCUGUUGUCAAACUGGCUGGAUUUCUAGACAUGACUGAGCAGGAGUUCCGCAUCAAUCUACUGGUCUUCAAGCACAAGAUGAAGAACCUUGUGUGGACUAGCGGGAUCUCGGCCUUGGAUGGUGAAUUUCAAUCUGCUUCAGAGGUUGACUUCUACAUUGAUAAGGACAUGAUCCACAUCGCAGAUACCAAAGUGGCACGGCGAUAUGGUGACUUCUUCAUUAGGCAGAUUCACAAAUUUGAAGAGCUCAACAGAAGCUUGAAAAAAAUCAACCCCCGGUAAUGGAACUUCUGUACCCACAGCAGCCAAACUUCCUGCACCCGAGAACACCGUGAUUGAUGGUUGUCGUGCAAGUUCUCCUGUAACUAACGUUCUUGAUUUCUGAAUGGCCAGCUGCAUUGCUUGGUUGUAUGUGAUCCAGAGACCCAUUACACAAGUGUGUCAGGGCUCUCAAACUACCAUUUAUACCUUGGUAACAAAUUUGUUGGUCUUCCAUAAAAUAAGACAAAGAACUGCAGGUGCUGGAAAUCUGAAACAAACAAGAACGGAAAUUGCUGGGGGUAAGCUCAGCGGGUCUCAACAGAAACAGUCGAUGUUUUGGGUCCAAUGACUCUUCGUUAGAAGGUUCUAAAGAAUUACCACUAGGCUUGAAAUGUUGAGUCUGCUUCUCUCUUCACAGAAUGCUGCCAGACUUGCUGAGUUUCUCCAGCAAAUUCCAUUCUUGUUUGUUUGUUUUCUUUCUCGUUUUAUACUGUAUACAGCUCAAAUCUUAGCCUGCUUUUUUUCCCUCAGUGUGAGCUGAUGCUGGCAGUUUGUGAGGGAUGCUGUGAUACUGAAGGGGGAAAAUAAUUGAAUCUUCUCAGUGAAUUGAUAAUGGGACAUUCAAAAAAAAAGCAAAAUGCCUCGGGCUGUAUGUAUUAUAAAAUAAUAACUGGUUACUUUAUUACAAAUCUUCAGAUGUGAUACAAUCCUAAAUGAAUCAGCACCUCACGAUAUUCAAACCUUCUGAUGCUCUGCAUAAAUGCAGACAGUGCCACAAAAACACACAUUUGCUGACCAUGCCUUGACAAAUUUUCAGGUGAAUUUGCACUUUAUGGACUGAAGUAUCAUUGUCCCCUUAUUGUGGACAACUGGUCAUGAAUGGAUCCACCAGCUGCCUACAAACCACCUCCUUGUCUCUAAUGCAUUCAUGACUGAUUUCUUGUCGAUUGAUAAUCAGGGUGUGUUUGGAUAUUCAAAAUAACGCCAAGUCUUUCAAUAAAAAUGUAGUUGCCUUCUCGUCUUUUAUUCCAGAAUAUUAAUGGUCUGAGUAUUGCAUAUUGCUGAUUGUUGAGUGAAACCAGAACAUGCAACAAAAUCUAACCAAUGUUUGGAUAAAAUAAAAAAUGCAACCGAACUGUGAAUCUGUGAACGUAAUUUGUAUUUGGAGUGAUUUCGAUAAAAUAAAUGGAUUGAACAGUCUUCCCCCCA